UGAACGUCGCUUUAUAUCCAUCUGUACGUCACAUUUCGUGUUCUUCUCUGAGUGUUUGCGUGUGUGCGUUUGUGUAUGUGUCUAUCACAGCUCAGGCUGCCUCUGUCCGUGUAUCUGAGUGUGUGUAUGUGUCUGUAUGUGUGUCAGAUUAUUUCUCGGUGUGUGCCACAACAGCUUUCUUUGUAAGUAUUACAGAAAAGUGGAUGUUUGGUGAACACAGAGCUCAGUGACCCUGUCAAAAGCUUCUCUUGAGAAUUACUCAAGUUACUCAGGUGUUUUAAGUUUGCAAAUUUCCCUCCCCGUCGGACAAAAUCACAAGCCUCCAGGCUCUACUCUUCACACGAGCUCCUCCUCAUUCUCGUCAUGGAAUCAUUGUUUAUUAUCUUUGUGAUAUUUCUGGAGAGAAAAACUGUGGAAACUGCAGAGGGUGUGAGGCUGGUGAAUGGCCGCAGCCCGUGUGCCGGGAGAGUGGAGGUUUACCAUAGAGGACAAUGGGGCACAGUGCAAAGCUCAGGCUAUUAUGGUCAGUCCUGGGAUAUGAAGGCCGCGGCUGUGGUGUGUAAGGAGUUGGGCUGCGGAGCCGCGCUGUCAGCACCAGGAGGCGCUCACUUUGGGAGGGGCUCAGGUCCCAUUGUGACGUAUGAUGUUCGGUGCAGAGGGAGUGAGUCUACUCUGAGGGAAUGUCCCUCAGAUCCCUGGGGUCACUAUUACUGGUCUCACCAAUAUGAUGCCGGCGUCAGCUGCUCAGAUCCGCUAGCGAAACCCAUCAUAUCCCUAACGCCAGAUUACCGGGUGUUUGUGAGAGGGGAAAGCGCUCAGAUCUCUUGUUCUGGGAAUUAUCCUGGCAGCAAAUUCUCUUUGUACAGUAGCGACAAGUUUAUCACAUCACAAACAGCUCCAGAGAAUAAGAAAACGGCAACAUUUACCCUAUCAGAGAUCAGUGCAGGAAUUUACUGGUGUAAUUACAGUACGUACAUGGGCGGAAGAGAGUUCAUAUCCCCAGACAGCGAGGAAGUGCACAUCUCUGUAUGGGUUUCAGGUCCGCUAAAGAACCCAUCAUAUCGCUGA